GCCGCACAUCGAUGGUCUCUGAUAUUGAUUAUAAGAGUCUGCUCUGUUGAUCCGUCUGCAAUGGCCGACAGCAGCAUGGGCACUGAAUCUGCAGACCCAAACCGAGAGGAACCCUAUCUGUACCGAGGGAGAAUCAAAUAUUCCCCGGAGGAAGACGCGAGACUGGAAAGACAACACUUCUGGAAAAUUAUCAACGCAUUUAGAUAUUACAGGACCCAUGUUGAGGAGCGGUUGAAACGGUGCGAGAGGCAGUUCCGCAGUCUUCCUCGCCGCCAUCAGCAGCUCCUCUCCGGCUUCCUGGAUAAGCUGGCUGAGAUCCGCCGCUGCAUGGAGUGUAACCACGAAGUCCUGCAGGCCAUCGUCCAGAACUGCACGCACAUGUUCGAGAACAUGGAGUAUGACGAGGAUGUAGGUGAAUCCCAAGACAACAUGAGGAGAGCCGGGCCAUGUUCCACGUUCGACAUGGACAAGCUGAAGUCCACCAUUAAGCAGUUUGUGCGGGACUGGAGUGAAGCAGGCAAAGCGGAGAGAGAUUCCUGCUACAUGCCCAUCAUUGAGGAGAUACAAAAACAGUUUCCUCCCGAAAAGUGUGACGUCUCCGAGGUGAGGGUGCUGGUUCCUGGAGCUGGUCUGGGCCGUCUAGCCUGGGAAAUCGCCUGCCUCGGUUACUCCUGCCAGGGGAAUGAGUGGAGCUUCUUCAUGCUUUUCUCCUCCAACUUCGUCCUUAACAGGUGCGAGGAGGAGAAUGCUAUGACCUUGUAUCCUUGGAUUCACCAGUUCAGCAACAACAAGAUGUCUGGAGACCAGACGAGAGCUGUGACCUUCCCGGAUAUUAACCCCCACAGUCUCCCGCCCGAUUCCGACUUCUCCAUGACUGCCGGUGAUUUCCUGGAAGUCUAUACGGAGUCGAACACGUGGGAUUGCGUCGCCACCUGCUUCUUCAUCGACACCGCCCACAACGUCCUUGAAUAUAUAGAGACCAUCUGGAAUAUUCUCAAACCUGGUGGAGUGUGGAUCAAUCUGGGGCCUCUUCUGUACCACUUCGAGAACAUGGCCAACGAACUGUCCAUCGAGCUUAGCUACGAGGAAAUGAAGGACGCCAUCUUGAAAUGCGGCUUUCAGCUUGAGGUGGAGAGAGAGUCCGUGCUCACUACGUACACGGAGAACGAGCGCUCUAUGCUCAAGUACUUGUACGACUGUGUGUUCUUCGUGGCGCGGAAACCUGCUGCGCUGCACUCCAACUCCCACUGUAAAGACAAAAAGACGGGUAACUGUAAAGACGGCGAGCUAAACAACUCUGUACAGAAAACUACAACAACGUGACCUCAAAGACCAGGGCCUUCAGACAUUUAGCCAUUUUAAUAUCUCGAAUAUUGGAUUAGACCCUGUUCCCUUUUGCACGUUUCUUUGUGUUUCAGUACCUUAAAAAAAAACACACCUUUGUCAACUUCGCCUCAGGAUGCAGGUUACUCGUGGCCACUGAUAUUACAAGAGAAUGAAGCUGAUAGCCUGGAGAGAGAGAUAUAUAUAUAUACUGCUCCCGGUCACUUAUGUCUCUUUCUGGUGUGUUUGGGAUUUGAACUUCUGAUGGGAGAUGUCCUGAUUGGCUGCUCGUUUGCUUGACCUCAUUUGAUGGGAAUUGAGAUGAGGGGAAAUGGUGAGACCAAGUCGACAAGAGUGUGUUAAACAGCAUUGGGACACCAAAACAAAAUCCAUGAAGGACAUCUGGGUACUGUAUGUAAGCAGCAAUUAUAGCAUUGAUCUAGGAUACAUUGAUCAAACCAUCUAAGUAAGACUGCUUUUUACUCAGUAAUGCUGUACUUUGUCAGUUUACCACACCUUCUUUAAGACAAUAAUGGAUAAAAAAAAUAUAUGCUUUGAAGUUUGAGUUUCAACCCAGUAAGUGUACAUCUUGGUACUGUAUAUAAAUCAGCACAUUUAGCACACAAGGCCUGGCCUUUAUACGUUACACAUCGCAGCUAACCUUACACUUUAUGUUAAAGCAACUCGCUAUUGCAGCUGAUUUCCCAGUGUGAACACUUUACUGAUAAACUAGCGUAUGAAUGCAGUGCAUUACAGGAACACACCACAAUCCACUGGCCACUGACAUUAUGCUUUAUGUGCCCUGUAUCUGUAGAUCUACCUUUCAAAAAACUUUAGCUCCAACCAUAAUGGUGCCCACCUGACCAUCUGAUCACUGCCUUAAGACGUUCUUGAUCAACUAAAAUCAACUAAAAUCAACUCUAAGGGUGCUUUAACAUUUACAGAAUUUAGUCAGUUUGAACGGAACCCUGGUACAGUUCUUUAGGCAGGUGAGAAUUGCACUAUGGUGUGGACUAAUAUACGUUAUAUGGCCAAAAGUAUGUCCACCAGACUCAUAUGUGCUUUUGAGAGCAUCCUGUUCCAGAUUUAUUCCCACCUUUGCUGUUAUAAUAAGCUCCACUCUUCUGGGAAAGCUUUCAACUAGAUUUUGGAGCGUGGCUGCGGGGACUUAUGUUCAUUCAGCCACACAAGCAUUAGUGAGGCCAGGUGCUGAUGUUGGGUGAGGAGGUCUGGGUUCCAGUUAAUCCCAAAGGUGUUCAGUGGGGUUGAGGUCAGGGCUCUGUGCAGAACACUCGAGUUCUUCUACUGCAACCUUGGCAAACCAUGUCUUUAUGGAGCUUGCAUUGUGCACGUGGGCAUUGCAUCAUGCAGGAACGGAUUUGGGCCUCGUAGUUCCAUUGAAAUGAAAUUUUAACGCUACAGCAUACAAAGACAUUCUAAAUAGUUGUGUGCUUUCAACUUUGUGGCAACAGUUUGGGGAAGAACCGUAUAUCGGUGUGAUGGUCAGUCAAACAUGUAUAUGUAUUUUGGGUGGUUUGCAGCUUUUUUUUUGUAGAUGUAAGCUGCUAAACUGAGCCAAAGGACAGAGCUGUGGUGCUGCAGAAAUUUGGUCUGAUGGUCACAAAAAAAAAAACCCAGAAUAUAAAUGUGAUACACAAAAUGUUUUAAAGUAGUUAUUGCAUAAUUAUCAAAUGAGUUAUAGAGCACCAGCUAUGUAUUCUUUGUUCUGGGGUGAUUUUUGUGAUUUGUACUUGCACUUGGUAAAGGGUUGAUGACCUUUUUCCAUUGCUGUAUUUCUGACCAAUGAAGGAAAGAUUUUUUACAUGGAUUUAUAUUUUGAGCCCUAUGUGUCAGUCAGCCAGUUACUGAACCAUAUAUCAAAUUCACUCUGAUUCACACUUAUGAGUCUUUUCAACAAACUUUUAGAUAAUUCUGUAUAAAUGGGCAGGUGGGUCGAUAUAAAUGGGCAGGCGUAUCGGUCCACACCCGAGUCUGUUCUCACUGAGGAGGAAGACGUAUCAGGGCUCCGUUGUGUAUGUGAAAGAAACCAAACUAAAAUAACACCCAUGAAAGUGUUAGAAUGCUGGUGAUGUGUUGAGAGCUUUCUUAAAAUCGUGGACGUUUAUGUGCGAACACUAAUGAGACAUGAACGUCCAUGAAACACAGCAUGAAAGCUUAAUGUAACUGUUAGAUGUCCACACAGUGCUUCAGUAUUUUAUAACCUCAGUGAUUCACUUACCGUUGAUCUGAACAAUCUCACCUAAAAUCUCAUUAUUGUGUUGAUUUAAUUAUUUUUUUUUACUGAUCUUCAGACAGGAGGGUAUUCAGAGCUGCUCCACAUUGCAAGAGGAAACUCAGCCAAAUAUGUUGUAAUUUUAGUUAUUUAUUUUUCACAUUUCUGUUAAUUUGACCACUGGAUGAUUAUUGCCUUGAGAAUAUUUUGUCUGUCUAAAUUGGAAACAGUUUACACAGAACUAAGGACAUAAGUUGUUUUAAACUUACUGUAGAAUUGUCUUUUUUUUAUUAUUAUUACAAUAAAGGCAUUUUCUUUCUUUUCCAAAAUGUGAAAUAAAUGAUUGAAUGCUGUCGUGUGAAGAUAUAUAUUAAUAAAAUGAUUAUUAUUAUUAUUAUUAUUAUUCCUAGCACAGUUGCAAAAGACUCAUCUUUAAUAAAGACAAAGCUGUUACAAGCAGGAUUUACUAUACAAUACACAAAAUGCAUACUGUAUAGAGAAAUUCUAUACCUUAUAAAACACUUUUUGUUGAAAGUUUCAAAACUUACUGUAGCCUCCAGUCGAAAUGUGGAAACUACAAGGAGCCCCAUGGAGAUGAAUUUGUUUUGGCAAGUUAUGUAUUUGUAAAUCACUACUUGCAAAUAUAUAGCGCAUAUAUUGUACAAAUAGCUAAAAUAAUAAUAAUAAUAAUAAUAAUUCAUGCCCAGCAGAAAUAUGGUCAAGUGGUCAAUAACCAGAGAUUAACGCU